UUUAUUGUGCAGUGGUUUUCAUCAGUGUGAGACUUGAUUUUCAUUCUAUUGAUAAAAACAUUGUAUUUUUAUGGAGACUGUUAGUCGGGAUGCGAGAGAUAGUGGUACCCAGUACCUGUAAUGGCGUUGAAAUGGGUGAUGGUAAAGUGAGUUCUCGCUUUCCUUAUCGGGUACCAUCAAUCAGAUUUCUGCAGUGAGAAGUGCAGUGGAUGAAUAAACGGAUUGUGUCCGGUGAGACAUACAUUCAAGUAUGGCUUAAGCAUCGAUUUGUGAAAUAGAAGAUCAGGGAUUUACUGCGUCCUUGAAUGAUGAAAUCAGAAUUACUUUUACUUCAUAAAAAUGAAACUGGCUCCCUUUACAGCCCAAGAACAACAGUCAUCUGUUGGUACUCUACACAAAAGCAAUUGUACUAAUAUUCCUCUUAAGUAGCACGUCGUUCAGCACAUCACAGAGUAUCCAUAUCAAAUACAUCUUUGGUUCUUUACCAGGGACAAUGCUCCCCACCAAGCUAUUUCUACAUUAUAGGAAAAGUGUUCUUCAUUGAUGCUACAAACCUGUUUAAGAGUGACUACAGACAGCACAGUAAAGUGAACAUCGUCAUAGCUGUGAGUACUGCAACAUCUUCCUUAACUGGAGAGUGACAUAUUUCCUAUUUACUGUUGUAGAAUACAUUGCUUGGACUUCAGCUGCUCCUCUCUGUCUUACGUUUUGUUGUUAAUAAGUGGACUGGCUUACUUCAGUCUGCUCUUCUGAACUUUUUAAUCAUCUAGUUGUCCGGAAGAUGAAUCUCCAUAAAUAAGCAAUACUGCUGUUGUCUGGAGAAAUGGCUCUUCUUCUUCAUUGGUUAUGCCUUUUAGGAUUUUUGAGAAGGACUGUGGCAACAGACACUGAAGAGAGGCUGGUGGAGUACCUGCUAGAUCCAUCUCGUUACAAUAAGCUGAUCCGGCCUGCUGCAAAUGGCUCAGAGGUGGUGACUGUACAGCUGAUGGUGUCACUUGCACAGCUCAUCAGUGUGCAUGAACGAGAACAGAUAAUGACCACUAAUGUCUGGCUAACACAGGAAUGGAAAGACUACAGGCUCACCUGGAACCCAGCAGACUUUGAUGGCAUGGAAAUAGUUCGGCUACCUUCUAAGCACAUCUGGUUGCCUGAUGUAGUACUAUACAACAAUGCUGAUGGGAUAUAUGAAGUUUCCUUCUACUGUAAUGUGUUAGUGUCAUAUGAUGGCAGCAUCUUCUGGCUACCUCCAGCUAUCUACAAGAGUGCCUGCAAGAUAGAGGUUAAGCAUUUCCCCUUUGACCAACAGAACUGCACACUAAAGUUCCGGUCCUGGACUUAUGACCGCACUGAACUAGACCUAGUCCUUCGAAAUGAUAUGGCCAGUAUGGAUGACUUCACACCAAGUGGAGAAUGGGACAUCAUAUCUCUUCCAGGGAGGAGGAAUGAGAACCCUGAUGAUCCCACUUAUGUUGAUAUUACUUAUGACUUCAUCAUCCGAAGGAAGCCAUUGUUCUACACCAUCAACCUCAUCAUCCCUUGUGUUCUGAUUACCUCACUUGCCAUUCUUGUAUUUUACUUACCUUCAGACUGUGGGGAGAAAAUGACUCUCUGUAUCUCUGUUCUACUUGCCCUGACUGUCUUUCUGUUACUUAUUUCUAAAAUUGUUCCUCCGACCUCAUUAGAUGUCCCCCUGGUUGGGAAAUACCUUAUGUUUACUAUGGUUCUGGUGACCUUCUCCAUUGUGACAAGUGUCUGUGUACUUAAUGUACACCACCGAUCACCAACCACACACACCAUGCCACCUUGGGUGAAAGUGAUCUUCCUGGAGAAACUGCCCACCAUUCUUUUCAUGAAGCAGCCACGUCAGAAUUGUGCCAGGCAGCGAUUACGCCAACGUCGAAAGAACUAUGAGCGUUCCAAUUCUGGUUUGCUUUUAAAGGAUGGAUUAAAGUCCUGCACAUGUUUUGCUAACCCUGCCACUGUCAAAAACUAUGGGGGACCAUACACUGACCAGCAAGAUAGUGUUAAUGGGUUUCAAGAUGGUCGAGGAAAGCAACCCAGGAAGUGUUGCCGUGGCUUUGAAGAAGCAGUGGAUGGUGUGAGGUUUAUUGCUGAUCACAUGAAAAGUGAAGAUGAUGAUCAAAGUGUGAGUGAGGAUUGGAAAUAUGUUGCCAUGGUGAUAGAUCGUCUCUUCCUAUGGAUUUUUGUUUUUGUUUGUGUCUUUGGCACCAUUGGAAUGUUCCUUCAGCCACUGUUCCAGAACUAUACAAGCAACACUUUAAUGCAGCAUGGUAACCCUGCCCAGACAAUCCAGUGAGCUUCCUCUAUGUGCUCAUGGGGCAUUUGAUGAAAAUAUCUAUGCUUUCUGAAAGUGGAUUAAAAAUAAAACUUAGAAUUAAAAUAAUAAACUGAAAUACUGAAUUUUGGAAAAGCCAGAAUAUAUUCUGAAACACAGACUUUCCUUACCUCCAACAUGUCACAUUUAUGAUAUAACAAAUAUUUACUUUUCUUUGAUUUUUUUUUUAGGUAAGCUGUCCUUCUUGGUUAUUUGUUAAAUUAUUUUUCUCACCAAGUUAAUUAUGACUUGCACCAGAUGAACAGGAAGUUCUGAUCAUGAAGUAGUUUCUCAGGGCAGUCACAUUUCUGAAUCCAAAAUAAACAUUUGAAAGGACAGCUUCUCUCUCUCUCUCUCACUCACUUUCGAUCUAUCUCUGUAUGUCCACGCUAUUAAUGCUGAGUCUUACACAUCUCAUUAAUUAUUGCCUAGCUAUAUAUGGUUCAUGAAGGCAUGUAGAAAGUGUCACCAUUAGGCCCAGACUAUUACUAGUCUGGGAUUUAAACAAAUUAUGCAGUUGAAAUAUUUAAAGGUAUGUAAGCUCUUUUAUUUAUUCAAGGUCAACCAGGUAUGGUGUACUAUGGUGCAUUUCUAACAAAUGGCACACAUGGCAAGAAUAUCCUAAACCAUGGCUGUGAUCCAAAGUCACAAUAUAGAUUCAACUACACUUAGAAUUUUGCUAAUUGGAGAUCUCCAGUCAGACAUUUAAAGACUGGAGGGUGCCACAUUCUGCCAGCUAUAACAGGAUCACUCAUUCAUUCUCAGAUUACUUGCUUAAUCCAUUUCAGGGGAAUGGAGGAGAUAGAGCCAACCCUGAAGCUCAUUGGGAGUAUAGCAUUGAAACUAAUGUUAAACUGGUCACCAAACCAUUGCAGGAUGCACAUACACCUAUGGGCAGUUUGCAGGAACACCAUUUCACCAAUGGCAUGUCUUUGGGAGGUGGAAGGAAACUGGAGCACCUGGCAAAAACCCAUGUGGACACAUACAGAGCAAACAGCCUUCACAUAAAAGCUGCACCAGCUGACAGCUGACCUACAGAACUGCAUGCUGUGAGGCAACAAUGUUAACUACUUUGCCACUUGCAGCAGAAUCUCUCUCCUUACAUCCAGUUAGCCAACUAAUUUAGUUUGAUCAGAGUAUUCUACUCCCUCUGAUCUGAGGUUUGGACCUACACAUAAAAUAAAACAAAAGUACAUUAUUACUGUUUAGGAUAUGCCUUGGUUUAGCAGUACUGAAGACAUUUGGUGGUCAUAUUAUUGCCUCACUUGUACAGUUCAGAAAUAAUUGCUUUUCUUUACCAGGAUACCUUCAGUUGAGGAUGAAUGCAAGAAUUUUAUUUUCUUUCACGAGCAUUACUGACUUAAUUUCCCUGAUUUUAAGUGAGACAUAUAUUUGUUUAUAUAUGGUUCCUGGAGUAGGCCAGGAUAAUGUGUGUCAUAUCACUAAACGUAUUUGCUCAAGAGUUUUGGACAAAGCCAAAAACAAAGGGGGAACAAUUUUUAAAUAUUGCUCUCAUUCACUUAAAAGCUACUAGAAUACAUGUUUUUGCACCAGUGUGAAUUUUCUAAACAAUAGGAAGUAAGAGUGACUGUAAUCCUCAGUGGUUUACCAGAAAAUCAAAAAUUUUACAAGGAAUGGGACAAUUAUAUGAGGCAAAAUCAUGGGUAUUUUGCAAAAUGCUGGACAGCUGAGAUGUAUGGUAUGUGCAUAUAUUUAUAUAUACACACACAAUCCUACAGGAAAGUGAGAUUCGAGCAAUGGUCAGAGUAGGAAUUUAGCCCUGCUUACUGAAAGAUGUUACCAGAAAAGUUGUUAAAUGAUUCAAGUUAUGAUCUACCCUCUUCUAUAUUUAUAGACAAUAUUAUUGAUAACUAUGUUCAUUCCCGAUCAAUGUUCAUGUUAUACAGCCUUUGUGAAAAUAAAUGGAGAAUUUCAUAUUGUUGGAA